AUGGACAUUGUGAAGAAAACGAGAGACGUGGCCCUUAGCUAUCUGUAUAAGCCGUCUACCAGGACAUAUGACAGCAGUAUUCUGUCUGAUUAUCUUGAUCGACGGGUCAAAGUUCACCCUGAAAGAGAAGCCGUAGUUCUGUACUCAGAGGCUGGGGAACGCUCUAGUCUCACAUUCAGGCAGUAUCAUGACAAGUCCAUUAAAGUGGCGGCAGGUCUCCUUCGGUCUGGUUUGACACACGGUCAGAGGGCGCUGCUGGUCGCUCCAAACACUUUGGAGUUCAUCAUACUACAAAUGGCCUGCGCAAGAAUUGGAGUCUUUGUCUUAUUCGUCAAAUAUGGAGCUUCGCCAGAUGAAGUUAUACAAAUGGCAGCGAAGUACAAAUGCAGAGCAAUAAUUGUCCAGUCAUCCGAGAGUGGGCAGUCGUACGGUCAGGACGUGGUCAAGGCAUUUUUGAGAGACGUCCCUGAAGAAAACGCACCUGAUGCAACACUCUUCAUUUGCGUUUCUUUUUAUGGUGGGCCGAACACCAUCUCCUAUGAUACACUAACGACCCCCCGCCCCGACGUCAUUUCCGACCUGGAGAAAACAGCCGUUUGGUCUGUCCAGUCCAAAGUCCAGAUGGAAGACCCUCUGCUUGGAAUGAUGACAUCCGGUAGUACAGGGAAACCAAAGGUUGUUGCUUUGAACCACUUUCAGUUCAUCCAGGCAACGUUCGCCACUGCCGAGUUGGCGGAAAUGUCGGAGGGAUCGCGAUUUCUCAACGAACGCCCUUUCCCAUGGGCGGGGAGCGUUGGAAUCGGUAUUAACUUUAUUGCUGUCAUAGGAAUAACGCUCGUGUCUAUGGAUCCCGAGAUAUCCGUGAAGAAGGGAGAUGCCCAGCUGGUCAGAAAGAUCCUGCAAGAUGAGAAAUGUACCCAUGUACUGACAAUGCCUUACAUGAUGUACGAUUUCAUAAAGAGCGAGGAUGCCCAGCAGUACGACCUGUCUUCCCUUCAGUUCGCCAUGACCGGUGGUCAGCCAAUUUUACAAGAAUCCGCAGUAGCAUUUCUGGAGAAAAACCCCACGUUCAAGCUCAUACAGGCCUACGGAGGCACGAGUUUUGGCUAUCUUGAAGUAGGCAGUGAUAUCGAAAUUAAACUGGUGGACGAGAAUCAACGCGUUGUCCCCAGGGGAACCACUGGUGAACUGUGGGUGCGUGGACCAAUGGUGUUUAUCGGUUACCUUGACAACCUGGAGGGGACUUCUCGUUCCCUGACUCCGCUCCGUUGGUACAAGACCGGUGAUUUGAUGGUCAUGAACGACCACGGCCAGGUGCACAUUGUCGGGAGGAUUUCGGAAACAAUCAAGAGAGCGACAGUAAAAAUACAUCCAGCCGAAAUUGAGCAUGUCCUAGUUCGCCACCCGCUAGUUCUCCAAGCAUACGUUGUCGGAGUCCCGGAUGUCAGGUUAUAUGAAGAGCUGUGCGCUUGCGUCCAGUUGAAUGAAAACGAGAUCGCUGACGUCGACCAGAUGAAGGAGAUCGAGGCGUGGUGCGCUGAGACUUUCUUGCCGGGCCCCGAUGGGCUGACUCUAGCUCCACGAUAUUUCCUUUCUUUUCGGGAGUUCCCUAAAACAGGCAACGGUAAGAUCAACAGGCGAGAAUUGAAGACGCUGGCCAUAAAACAACUGGCACAGCCCUAAACAUUUUAGUUAGAACAUCUACACAUCUAAUGUACAGUGUACAUGUACCUACAUGUACAUGUGUUAAAUGGCAAACUGGCUUUAAGAAAAUAAUUGUCUAAAAGAAAUACAGCUGUCAUAGAACGACAACGGGAAAUGUUGUUAAAAGUUUUUUUAGCUAUUUAUGCAUUCAUGUUAAUGUUAUCUAGAUCAUACAAACGAUAAAGUAGUUGUCUUUUACAAUCAUUUUUGAUCAUUUUGGUCGAACAUUCUGGCAAACAGGCUUUAAAUUUGAUUAUUAAACACACAAACAUCAAAGAGCGUAGUGCAGUGCCAGCUUCAGUUCUUUCAAAAUUGCGGAAAGUCUUUAUUUUGCAUCACGAACGUGCCUAUACAUGUAUCCUUAUUUCCAUUAAAGUGGAGAACAGCAACUGUUAGUCUCUUGUUGAAAAUACAAGGCUUAUGCAGAGAUGUGUUGCAAUAUUACCGACCGAUUCACGACCCGAAUAUUACCAUGUAUAGUAAUGUAGUUUCAAAUCAUAUGUAUGACACAUAAUCAGCAUAUAGAAAAGGACAAGGCACAAAAAAAGCUCUCAUGACAGCUAACAACGGCACCAUGCUUUGCAUAGAUAAGCAAAGGAUGGUAUUUUAGUACUUUAAUAUCAAGCCUCUGCACUGGAUUUCGUACCAUAGAAUCUGGCACGUUUCAAGGAGUCUGUGCCCGUUAAUUUUUUUCAUUGUAUAUGUAACCAGUAGAAGACGUUUUACUUAAGCAUGGUCUUAACACGGAUACAUUGACAGAUGACACCCAAAUCAUAUUACAUGUGACAGACCCCACUCUUUGAUAAUCACCUCUAUAGAAGCAUGUCAACAAUGUAGAGCAGAUUCGGAAUUGUCGUAGGUUGAAUAGGUUCACCGUAAAUGAUGGAAACAAAACGUACAUGAUUAACUCCACGUUCUUUAAAUA